GGGGUACAUUUCGGUUGGCCAGCGUCCAGUGGUGUUGUAACAUUUACAGGAGGUGACAAUGGUAGCUAGCAAUGCAAAAUAGUUGACCAGACCUGUGCAAUUUAAGUUAUAUUUAUUUACAUAUACCGAUAAUCUUAAUUGUCGACCAUGUCGCGAGUAUUAAUAGUAGGAGCAGGCUUAACCGGCAGUUUAUGCGCGUGCCUUUUACGAAGAGAAAUACCCCACAAAGUUAAAAUUGUAGUUUGGGAUAAAUCGCGUGGAGCAGGAGGGCGGAUGUCCACCAGUAGAAGUCCAAACGAUCCUUCCUGUAUAGUUGACCUCGGAGCCCAGUAUAUCACAGCUACACCAUACUAUGCACAGAUUCACAACAGCUUCUACGAGGAGCUCCUGGCCCACGGCGUUCUGAAGCCGCUGGAGUCCUCCGUCGAGGGCAUGGUGACAAAGGAGGAGGGGCAUAAGAACUACGUCACCCCCGAGGGCGUGUCCUCCAUCGUCAAGUACUUCCUGAAACAGUCAGCAGGGGCCGAGGUGUCCUUCGACCACCACGUCACCCACGUCCGGCGGCGGGGCGCCGUCUGGGAGGUGACCCGGAAAGGCGGCGCGGGGGAGGAGUUUGACGUGGUGGUGCUCACCAUGCCCGUGCCCCAGAUCCUGCAGCUGCAGGGAGACGUGGCUUCCUUGAUGGGGGAGGAGCAGCGUGGGCUGCUGGAGGGGGUGAGCUACUCGUCCAGGUACGCCCUGGGUCUGUUCUACGCCCCCCAGGCUCACAUCCACGUCCCCUGGGCGGCCCGCUACGUCUCCAACAGCCCCUGCAUACGCUUCAUCGCCAUCGACGACAAGAAACGCAGCGCAGAGUCUCCGGACCACGGGCCCUCCAUGGUGGUGCACACCAGCGUUCCGUUCGGCAUGCGUCACCUGGAGCAAGACAAGGAAGAGGUGGAGCCUGUCAUCCUGGAGGAACUCAACAGGCUACUUCCUGGUCUGCCUCAACCAAUCAGUGUCAAGUGUCAGAAGUGGAGGUACUCCCAGGUGUCGGCGGCGGCGGCAGGCUGCCCUGGUCAGGUGACCCUGCUGGCGGAGCCUCUACUGGUGUGUGGAGGAGACGGCUUCACACACUCCAACUUUGACGGCUGCAUCGAGUCAGCCCUGCAGGUCUUCAGCGUGCUCAAGUCCUCCCUCUGAUGUCCCCCCUGCCCAACACACACACACCUCAAACACAUUCACACACACACACACCUCACACACACACACAUACACCUCACACACAUACAACCCCCCACACACAUACGAAAACCUCACACACACACACACACACACACUGUUCUGCAUGAGCUGUAAUACCACCCAGCAUACGGGGCACUGUGGCGGCUGUGUGGAUGUGUUCAUCAAGCCAGGCCCGGGAGGGGUUGGUUUCAGAACAGAAUGUUAUUCCUUGAAACCUGCCUGUCAGGAGCCUUGACUGUCCACUAAACCUGGACAGUCACAGUGGAAAUAUGAAGACAGAGGAGGCGUUCUGAAGCGGGUGUCUGACCUUGGAUCCAGCCCCAACCCUGACCAGGCCCUGCUUAGACCGGUUCAGUCUGGCACACUUUAAUGAAGAACUGUAAAUAAACUUGUUCACGGUUUUGUGAGGCAAAAAAAAUGUAAUAAAAGUUUCCAACCAUCCUGUGUGCGUGUGUGUG